AUGGUGUGCGCAAGCAGACUUAUGCAAUGUGAUAGACAAGGAAGGUAAUGGUGUGCGACAAGGAUGGAUGUACAUCUGUCGCGUGCUGUCAUCUGAGCAUCUCUCAGCUUCGGCUAGAACUAAAAGGCUAAAACGGAAAAAUCCGACAGAUGACAGAACAUGUCUCGUUUACAGACAAGAAGCGUAAUAGUUGCGACAAGAGAUAGUAGUAUGCGACAAGGAGGGCAAACUUUAAAUUUUAUUUCCAGUUUCACCGCUACGCGACGCUAACAUUUCAACGGUCUCUCUUCUUUCAAUAAAUUCAAUUUUCAUAAUUUCUUCAUUUUGCAGAAAAGACGAACUCGGGCGAUUGCAUCUUAGUUUCUGGGCACUGAGAUUUCUUCAUAUGCUUCAGGUGACCUAUGAACGUGCGUAGUGGAAAUUUGGAAAUCUCAUUUAACAGAGGUACUUGUUCGAACGGUAUUUAAUAAUAUUUCAUUAAAUUGCUACCAUUAUAUGAAACGCGUACUUUUUUAAUAGACUUCAUUUUGAAAUUACUUUCACAUCACAAACCAUUGCUACGGAAGUUCAAAAUAAUCGUGAGAUUUAGAUCAUAGAUAUACAUUUUACAGAGCAAAUUACAUUAUGCUCAGUCAAAGUAAAUUUCGUCAAAAAUAAUGAUCAAAUGGUAGGAAUAAUAAUUCACAAAUUGACGUGUCUAAUUUUAUAACUGCUUUCUCAGGCAGUAGCAUCACGUUUUAGAAGCUUUAAUCGUUCGAUCAAAGAGGAAAGUGAAAUUGUAUUUUCUGUUCAAGUCGUCGAAUGCUCGCGAUCUUGUCAUCGCGUUCCUUGAAUUGCAGAGACGCUUGCCUCGUGGAAGAAACGAAAACCCGGCCCCCUUGUUUCGUUUCAGUGUAGCGAAGUAUUCGAACGUCUGUUAAAAAAGAGUUAGAGAAACGGAACAUGGAUCACGUCGACAGAGAGUAGAUACGUGGUAUUUGGUACAUGGUAUUUUGCACACGUAUUCAAAGCAUCCGGAAGAGAAUGUGCAGACAGUGCAAACGAUAUUAACAUUCACGGACACUUUCGAAGCGUUGCGCAAAUAUAAUUUUCACAUGACCGGUUGAAAUCGUACGAACUGUUCUCGAUUGAUAAAAUAAAUUAGCCAUUCUCGCUUUACUCGUUCGAAAAUAAUGAACGAAGCUGUUGAAAGAAUUGAUUUUUCAUUCUUAACCCAUUCGCGUAGAAUAACGAGUCAGACUCGUGGUGUAUUUUUCGUGGCAAUAAUAUACAUUAACGUGUGCAAGUUAAUAGUUGGGAUACAACGCUGUGUUGCAUCGCCAUUGAUUUCGAAUAAUAAUUAUUCUAUAUAAUUACAAAAUAAUAAUUUCGUUUGCAAUUAAGCACAUUUUAGACGUAUAUCUUCCGAAGAUUUUGAUAACGAGGAUGCAAUAAAAACAAAUGGAACUUUGACAAGUGAAAAUAACGCUAAUAUAAUUGGAAUUGGAUUCCCAAAGUGGAACGUUACGAUGGAACGUUGAUGUUUUCAAAACGUGUAACACGUGUUGAAAAUCUCUGUUACCAAAAUGUCGAGAUACUGAUGGCCACUGGUGCAAUAGUUAGGUUUAAGAAUAAGAAUAAUCAAGUCUAUGACUCUUUGACGCAACUGACAGGAAUGGAGGGAUGGAAUGAGAUCGCAUGCUACCCGGAAGUGAGCUACAGUAUUCCGGAAGUGAGCUACAGUAAGCGGGUAGGAAUGCUAGAGUAG